AACGCCAAUAAACACGAAGAAGAAGAAGCAACUUUUUUUUUUUUUAAAUUCAGUGUAGCUGAUUAGCAUAACAUUGAUCGUUAUUCAUUGCAGAGUGCAAAUCUGCUUGUUUGACAAGUGAUGUAUCCAGAGGCUGCACUGUGAACUGCAGUUACUGUUCGGCUUGGUGAAAGCGCGGUUUUAGCAGCAGCUUGGUGAGAAUGAAGGUGAAGAUCAGGCAGUGGAGCGGAGUGGCCUCCUGGUCCUGGGUGGCUAACGAUGAAAACUGCGGCAUCUGCAGGAUGCCCUUCAACGGCUGCUGUCCAGACUGUAAAGUUCCUGGAGAUGACUGCCCUCUGGUCUGGGGUCAGUGCUCUCACUGUUUCCACAUGCACUGCAUCUUGAAGUGGUUGAACUCCCAGCAAGUCCAGCAGCAGUGCCCCAUGUGUCGUCAGGAAUGGAAGUUCAAAGAGUGACUCGGCUCUACUGUGUGGACUAAAAAAAGAUGGCCGCUUCACCGAAAUCUUUUUUUUUUUUUUUCCCCUCCUGUAAAUCACAGUCUUCUUUUUAUUUAAUGCAGCAGAUAUUUGUUAUAUUUUUUGUUAAGUUUGUAAUAAAGUCUUAACACACCACA